AUGAAAUUUUGCUGUGGACUCUGUUACCAGGUGUAUAUAGCAUACAUGGGUGAUCGUCCAAAGAGCCAAGGUUCUCUAACUCUUCCCGAGCUCCACAUCGACUUGCUUCGACGCAUCAUUGGCAGUGCUAGGGUCGCCUCAGAUUCCUUGAUCUACAGCUACCAUCGGAGCUUCAACGGCUUCGCUGCCAGAUUAACACAGGCCGAGCUUCAGAAACUUUCCGCCUAUGAAGGCGUAGUUUCUGUGUUCCCCAACAAGAUCGUGAAACUCCACACGACGAGAUCAUGGGAUUUCAUCGGCUACCCGAAGAAUGCGUCGACAUCCACCCGCCGCCAACAGAGCAACAUGAUCAUCGGAAUGCUCGACACCGGAAUCUGGCCGGAGUCGCAGAGCUUCGACGCUUCCGGAUACGGCCCACCUCCGAAGAAAUGGAAGGGUCACUGCCAAUCGUCCUCCAAUUUCACCUGUAACAAUAAGAUAAUUGGAGCACGGUACUACAAUGCUGAAGGGGAUUACGGUCCAGACGAUAUCCGUUCACCAAGGGAUUCGGAAGGCCAUGGAAGUCACACUGCAUCCACUGCUGCAGGGAACCUUGUCACCUCGGCUAAUCUCUAUGGCAUUGCCAAUGGGACUGCCCGAGGCGGGGUCCCAGCUGCUCGAAUCGCUGUCUACAAGAUUUGCUGGUCUUUUGGUUGUUCAAGUGCUGAUAUUCUAAAAGCUUUUGAUGAUGCUUGUGCUGAUGGAGUCGACAUAAUCUCGCUCUCAGUUGGUGGUGGGCCAAUGGAUUAUUUCCGUGACCCCAUUGCUAUUGGGGCUUUCCAUUGCAUGAAGAAGGGAAUCUUAACUUCCAACUCGGCUGGCAACAGUGGCCCUACUCCUGGAUCGGUCGCCAAUGGCUCUCCUUGGUCACUCACUGUUGCUGCUAACACCAUUGACAGAAAGUUGACGACCAAUGUCAAGUUGGGUAAUGGCAAAAUUUAUAAUGGGAGCGCUCUCAACACUUUUCAGCCCAAGAAACCGAUGUACCCUCUUAUCUACGGUGGAGAUGCACCAAAUAAGACGGCAGGAUAUGAUGGAAACGUUUCCAAGUAUUGCGACUCGGAUUCUUUGGAUAAAAACCUGGUGCAAGGGAAAAUUGUUUAUUGUGAGACUGGCAGCCAGGGAGAUGGAGCUAUAGCUGCUGGUGCCGUUGCGGCCAUAAUGGGAAACAAUGAUCAGGGAGAUGUGGCGUUUCCUUUCCCUUUGCCCGUCUCUCUCUUGAAUGAAACGGAUGGAAACAAUGUUGUGAAAUACUCAAACUCAACUAGGGGCCCAACUGCCGUGAUAUACAAGACGGUUGACUACCUGGAUGGCUCACCCGCUUACGCGGUUUACUUUUCCUCGAGGGGUCCAAAUACGAUAACCCCUGACAUUCUUAAACCCGACUUGACAGGACCAGGAGUAAAUAUACUGGCAGCAUGGUCUAAGGCUACAACUGUGUCGGGAGAACCUGGUGACAAAAGAGUUGUCCCAUACAAUAUCAUCUCCGGUACUUCAAUGUCUUGCCCCCAUGUAUCUGGAGCAGCUGCUUAUGUCAAAUCGUUCCACCGUACUUGGUCCCCUGCUGCGAUUAAGUCAGCUCUUAUGACAACAGCUCAACCCCUGAGUGCCAAGUAUAAUCCUGAGGCUGAGUUAGCAUACGGGACAGGACAAAUUGAUCCAAUCAAGGCUGCAGAUCCUGGACUAGUAUAUGAUGCUAGGGAGAAGGAUUAUAUCAGAUUUCUCUGCAGCCAAGGGUAUUCGACCAAGCAACUCCAACUUGUCACUGGAGAUCCGAGUGCUUGCACUGCGGCAACAAAUGGAACCGUGUGGGAUCUAAACUACCCUACUUUUGCUCUAUCAGCAGCCAGAUCAGGAGUCUCUGUGUCUCGGGUAUUUCACAGAACCGUCACAAAUGUUGGAUCAGCAAAUGCGACAUAUAAAGCCACGGUAAAGGCACCGGCAAACCUUAAGGUGUAUAUAGCAUACAUGGGCGACCGUCCAAAGAGCCAAGGUUCUCUAACUCUUCCCGAGCUCCACAUCAACUUGCUUCGACGCAUCAUCGGCAGUGCUAGGGUCGCCUCAGAUUCCUUGAUUUACAGCUACCAUCGGAGCUUCAACGGCUUCGCUGCCAGACUAACACAGGCCGAGCAUCAGAAACUUUCCGCCUAUGAAGGUGUAGUUUCUGUGUUCCCCAACAAGAUCGUGAAACUCCACACGACGAGAUCAUGGGAUUUCAUCGGCUACCCCAAGAAUGCGUCGACAUCCACCCGCCGCCAACAGAGCAACAUGAUCAUCGGAAUGCUAGACACCGGAAUCUGGCCGGAGUCCCAGAGCUUCGACGCUUCCGGAUAUGGCCCACCUCCGAAGAAAUGGAAGGGUCGCUGCCAAUCGUCCUCCAAUUUCACCUGUAACAAUAAAAUUAUUGGAGCUAGGUACUACAAUGCUGAAGGAGAUUACGGUCCAGACGAUAUCCCUUCACCAAGGGAUUCCGAAGGCCAUGGAAGUCACACUGCGUCCACUGCAGCAGGGAACCUCGUCACCUCAGCUAAUCUCUAUGGCAUUGCCAAUGGGACUGCCCGCGGCGGCGUUCCUGCUGCUCGAAUCGCUAUCUACAAGAUCUGCUGGUCUUUUGGUUGUUCAAAUGCUGAUAUUCUAAAAGCUUUUGAUGAUGCUUGUGCUGAUGGAGUCGACAUAAUCUCGCUCUCAGUUGGUGGUGGGCCAAUGGAUUAUUUCCGCGACCCCAUCGCUAUUGGGGCUUUCCAUUGCAUGAAGAAGGGAAUCUUAACUUCCAACUCGGCUGGCAACGAUGGCCCUGCUCCUGGAUCAGUCGCCAAUGGCUCUCCUUGGUCACUCACUGUUGCUGCUAACACCAUCGACAGAAAGUUGACGACCAAUGUCAAGUUGGGUAAUGGCAAAACUUAUAAUGGGAGCGCUCUCAACACUUUUCAGCCCAAGAAACCAAUGUACCCUCUUAUAUACGGUGGAGAUGCACCAAAUAAGACGGCGGGAUAUGAUGGAAACGUUUCCAAGUAUUGCUACUCGGACUCCUUGGAUAAAAACCUGGUGCAAGGGAAAAUUGUUUAUUGUGAGGCUGCCAGCCAGGGAGAUGGAGCUAUAGCAGCUGGUGCUGUUGGAGCCAUAAUGGGAAACAAUGAACAGGGAGAUGUGGCAUUUUCUUUCUCUUUGCCCAUCUCCCUCUUGAAUGAAACGGAUGGAAACGAUGUUGUGAAAUACUCAAACUCGACAAGUGGCCCAACUGCAGUGAUAUCCAAGACGGUUGACUACCUGGAUGGCUCACCAGCUUACGCGGUUUACUUUUCCUCGCGGGGUCCAAAUACGAUUACCCCUGACAUUCUCAAACCGGACUUGACAGGACCAGGAGUAAAUAUACUGGCAGCAUGGUCUAAGGCUACAACUGUGACGGGAGACCCUGGUGACAAAAGAGUUGUACCAUACAACAUCAUCUCCGGUACUUCAAUGUCUUGCCCCCAUGUAUCUGGAGCAGCAGCUUAUGUCAAAUCGUUCCACCGUACUUGGUCCCCUGCAGCGAUUAAGUCAGCUCUUAUGACAACAGCACAACCCCUGAGUGCCAAGUAUAAUCCUGAGGCAGAGUUAGCAUACGGGACAGGACAAAUCGAUCCCAUCAAGGCUGCAGAUCCUGGACUAGUGUAUGAUGCUACGGAGAAGGAUUAUAUCAGAUUUCUCUGCGGUCAAGGGUAUUCGACCAAGCAACUCCAACUUGUCACUGGAGAUCCUAGUGCUUGCUCUGCAGCUUCAAAUGGAACCGUGUGGGAUCUAAACUAUCCCACAUUUGCUCUAUCAGCAACCAGAUCAGGAGCCUCUGUGACUCGGGUAUUUCACAGAACCGUUACAAAUGUUGGAUCAGCUAAUACAACCUACAAAGCCAUGGUAAAAGCACCAGCAAACCUUAAGGUCCGGGUCAACCCAAGUGUGCUUAGUUUCAGGACUAUUGGAGAGAAAAAACCAUUUGCUGUGACAGUCUCCACUGUGGUUAAGAACUAUACCAUAACUGGGAUUUUGAUCUGGAGUGAUGGGAAGCACAUUGUAAGGAGUCCCAUUGCUGCAUUCAUGUCAUUCAGUGAGUGAUUAUGCAUUAUACUGGGGAGUGUAUCUUCUGGGGGAGUUUGAUUUAUGUUAAAUUUUAGUUGGUGGCAUGCUGGAUGCAAGUAUAUGUUCAAGUAAAUAUAUUUAAAAUUAUUAUAGAAUUAAAGUUGUAAUGUACUUUGAUUCAUGUACAUUGAAAUCUAAUAUC